AUUUCGAAACGAUUCUCAGUGGAAGCGGAACGUAGACAGCUCCCGUCGGAAUUUCAAAAAAUAAUUCAGAAUUACAUAUACAGAAAGUUGCAGCAAUAGCAAACAGACAUCAGAUAGACGCCCGAUAAAUAAACAAUUUGUGCAAUUUAUAUAAACAACAGCCAAAUAAAAGAUACAACAAAAGCAACAGAAAUAUUCGUGGCACGUUUUUAUUUAUCCAUUCAAAGCGUAAAAAUUUCUGUGUCACUUAUACUAAAAUAGCAUACAGAUAUGUCAGAGCCCACAGCCGAGCAACAGCAGCCGCAGAAUGGCAAGGAACGUUCCACGUCAACUGAGGAGAAAGAAAUACCACGCGAACCGGCGCUGGUUUGCAAAGACAUCAAUAUUAAGACUGAACUAGAAUGCCUAGUGAAAUUACUCGAUGGUAAAAUUUCCAAAGAGGAGGAGGUGGCGAUGGAGGAGUUGCAUCAAUAUUUGAUUGAGGACGACGGCUCCUGGGCGCUGGGUGAUAAUUUCCUGGUAUUUGUGCAGCGCGUCCUGCGAGAUGUUCAGGCCUUCUCGCCGGACACGCGGAUACAUAUGCUGCGGACGCUGGCCUAUGCGGCGCUGAAGGAUGAUGUGAUUAUAAUAUUGCAUCAGGAUCGUAGAGAUCACACGCUGAUGAAUUUUGCCCAGGAUAUUGACAAGCAUACACCCGAGGAGCAACAGGCUUGGGCAAUGUUUACAUGCAAUCUCUUUGAGAAUUUGGGCCCAUCAGAAUGGCUGCUGUAUAUUUCGGAAUGGGAUUAUAAUGGACAGACUAUUUCAAAUAUACGUGUGACCACAAAGGUGGCAGUUCAUUGCAUACUCUCCAAUUGUCCGCAGCUGAAGAAUAUUGGUUCCAUGAUCUUGUACAACAUUGCAAUCAAAGAAGUGAAAACUGUGGUAUUUGAUGACAUUGCCGUAGAGCUGGCAAUGGCCAUACUACAGUUCUUCCAAAGCAGUCCCAACGAAGAUCAAAUCUUUCGCACGCUGAAGGCGCUAGCACGUUUUCUUGAGGUAUCGCCAGACGUACAGAUGAUUAUUCAAAUGAUUGGACCGCAUCCAAAACAAUUUGCUGGCAAGAGCGAGCGCUGCGACGAGCUGAUAAAGAUAAUUAGUCGCAAAGUCCCCGCCUAAGAGCACGGCGAGAAAUUAAUAACUUUUAAGAUCAUAACUAUAGGCACGCCUUACUUUAUACACAACAAUGUACUUAGAUCUUUCAAUAUUUUGUAUAGCAUUUUACGCGACACAAUAAACAUUUCUAUUGU